AUGCACAGGGUUGAAAAGCCAAAGCCUAAGCCUAAAACUGCAAAAUCCUUGGGGAAAUCCAGAUUCUUGGAAGAUGACCCUACUCUCAGAAAAAGUACAGACCAGAUCAAGAUCCUCCCUGAAAAACCCAUUCUUUAUAUGUUCAAGGAGAUCACAGAGGCCACAAUACAAUUCACCAAUGGAAGGCUUGGAAAAUCCUCUGUUUAUAAGUCCAACCUGAGGGGCAAAAUAGUGGCUAUCACAACGAGGAAGCUGCAAGCCAUCGGGGAUUUUAGGUCAGGACUUGGACGGAUCUGUAAUAUCCAUCAUUUCAACCUAAUAAAGCUAUUGGGGGGCUGCUGUAAUGGGGGUCGUGUUAUUCUAGUCUAUGACUAUGUUCAGGGAUCUAGUUUAGCAGACUGUCUUAGGAAUAGCAGAAUGCCUGGAUACACAGUAUUGAACACUUGGAUCUCUAGAAUGCAGAUUGCAAUUGAUGUAGGAAAGGCCCUGGAAUACAUGCAUCAUGACACAAGACUGCACUAUGUGCAUAAUUAUCUAAAGUCAAGCAGCAUUAUAAUCACAGAGCCUGGUUAUAGGGCAAUGAUGUGCCAUGUAGGUGCUUGUUAUUUGACAGGUGAAUAUGAAUUUGAGGACAACAAGAAGAUCUGUGAUGUAUCAAAAGACAAAUCAAUAUCUGCGGAAAUCACAGAAGAACAAGGCCCAAACCCUUGUCAUCAGGGCAGAAAAAUGAGUAAGAGAGCCAAGAGCAUGAGAAUAACAGGAAUAAUGGGGUACAUGUCUCCAGAAUAUGUUAGCAGUGGGAUUGUUUCUCAGAAAGAUGACGUUUUUGCUUUUGGGGUUAUUCUGUUGGAGCUUCUGGCAGGGCGUGAGCCUAUAAAACAUAUGAGUAAUGCCAAGAAUGAACUUGAGAGGGUUUCUUUAAUAGAGACUGUGAAUAGGAUACUUCUUUCAGAUGAACAGGCAGAAUGUAUACGGAGGUUAAGGUCUUGGGUGGAUCCAAGGCUCAAGGAUUCUUUUCCAGUGGAAUGUGCAGAGAGAGUGGUAAGGCUUGCUGCUGCUUGUGUGGAUUCUGAACCAGAGAGGAGACCUGAUAUGAGGUAUGUUGCUUGGAAGAUCUCCAAAGAAUUUAUAAUUUCCAAACAAUGGUCUGACAAAUUACGGUAUAACAAGGAAUUUAUAACUACCACACUUAAAGCAAGGUAA